UAACGACGUCGUUUGGACAUUAAACUGAAUCACAAAAUCUGUACUAGGGAUUAGACAAAGAACAUUGAACUGAAUCACAAAUCGUCAUCGCCGAGAAACGAACGGUCACGAUCAUCUGAAAAUGGCUGGAAGAUUAAGCAAUGCAGCUACACGCAUCAUGGGCGGAAACGGCGUCGUUGCACGCGCCGCCGCAUCUUCUCUUCGUACACGCGCCGGUAUGGGCCUUCCCGUCGGCAAACACAUUGUACCUGAUAAGCCGCUUCAAGUGAAUGAUGAACUUAUAUGGGACAACGGUACUCCUUUUCCUGAGCCUUGUAUUGAUCGCAUAGCAGAUACCGUUGGAAAGUAUGAGGCAUUGGCUUGGUUAUGCGGUGGAUUGAGUUGUUUUGCUGGGCUUGGACUGUUAGCUGUUUGGAAUGACAAAGCCUCCAAAAUCCCAUUUACACCAAAGGUCUAUCCAUAUGACAACUUAAGAGUGGAGCUUGGCGGAGAACCUUGAGCUUGGAUGUAGUUGCUAUUGGAUCCACAAAUGUGAUUCCUGCGUUUCUUCUCAUGUAUCAAACUGUAAGGCUUGAAACAGUGAAAAUAAAGUCUUGGUUUGACAUUUGCAACCAACAAGCUGACCCUGGUUUUACUUUUGGUGUUUAUGCUGAAUUAUUUCAUAUCUGAAAGUUUGAUUUGGCUAGUUUGGAAUGUUAGUUAUAAUCGUAAUAGAUGGACUGCCUCUUUGAUA